AUGGAACCGGCUACCAGACAUCGUGCCGAUAUGAUUUCAUUCUUCACAUUCGACUCGUACAUCUCAAUCGUCGGUGUUGCUUAUACGGCUGUUGGCCUCUUGGGUGUUUUCUGCAAUGUUACAACUGUGAUCAUGAUCUUGACCAAUCGAGUAUUCCGCCUCUCAGCAUACACAAUUAUGGCAAAUGUGGCACUGGCAGAUAGCAUUGUGAUGUUGAUUGCCGGCGUCGCAUGUGGAAUGGAUGUGAUGUGGCCAAACCCAAACGAUCUUACUUCAUUUAUCCCAAGUUUGGAAGAACCACUCAACAAGGUAUCCACGCUUCGAAACGAUACCAAAACAGCAGCUGAAUCGGAGGGUGGAAAUAUUCACGCGGUCCUUUCAUUCUCUUUUGUUGCUGCAUGGACAGCUGGAGUGAUAAGCUACGCAAUGCUUGGAAUGAACCGAUGCAUUGCAAUUUGCUACUACGGCACCAAAGCAAGAUCACUUAAUCAGGUGUCCGUUGCAAUUCUCUGUUCUGCAAGUACCUGGGUUAUCGGAAUAGCUGCAGCGUUGGUCGGAACACUAUCACAGCCUAUGAUUGGUAUUCAACGUACCAUGUGGAGUAUCAGUUUUCUGGAACCGAAGCCUCAUACCACUUUAUUUUUCACUCUUCUCUGCGCUGCUAAUCUUAUCGGACUUUGUGCACAAUGGGUGUGUUCGACGUUAGUCCUUCUCAAAAUACGUCAAGUAAAGAAGAAGAUCAGCAAGAACAAGCUUAAUCAGAACUCAGCGAACAGAUUUCGUAAACAGGCUCGUCUUACAUUCCAAUUCUUCUACCCAUCAAUUCUCUGCACUAUUUCCACAUUUCUAUUUUUCAUCAAACCAUACGCGUUUGAAUAUCUCUCCGGGUGGCAGCUGGUUAUCCUUCAUUUGCUCUGGCUCUGCAACCACACGUGUAACCCAUUCAUUUAUGCAUAUUUCAAUGAUAGAAUGCGAAUGACAUACAAGGAAAUCUUGACUUGUGCAGCUAUCCGAUAUCAAAUAAGGAAACGAAGGUCGAGUCAUCCAUUCAGAAUGCACGGAAGGCAUAACGUAUCGAAACGAUCCAACGCGGCUGGAAUGAAAUCAACACGUAUAUCAGCCAGAUCUGGUCGGACGAAUCGAGACGGAAACUUUGUGCGGAACUCAUUGCAGAUGCAGAGUCGUGACUUCGAGCAAUUGUGUGAAUUCAUAAUGAGAGUGAAUCCCUUGUACGAUUCGAGUGAAGGUUGGAGGGAAAGCAGUGAUGAUGAACCAUUCCAGCCAGAGUUCACUAAGGAACUGGAGUCUGCUCACAAUCAAGGUGGUGGCUCAUCUCGGUUCGAUAGUGAAAGAGAAGCCAAAUCGAUUGUACUUGAUUUGGGAAGACAAACUGUGGAACACUGGGUAAAAUUUGCGAAGAAAGCUAGUAUCUAA